CUCGACCAAUCAGGAGAGACCUGUCUGUAACUGCUAGGGGGUCCUCUCAGUCUGAGGUGGGCGCAGCAGCUGAGCGGGUCUCGUUGCCAUUCGCCUUAUGAUUCUCUCGCCGGCCUGUAACGCUCUGCUUUCCUUGAGGCGAAAGAGAGGCGACGGAAAAGGAGUAGCAGCAGCGGGAAGGGGUUGGCAGGAGCAUGGCGGCCUCGGCGUCGGAAAAAGGCAACAAGAAGAAGACGGAGAAGAAACUGGCCGCUCGGGAAGAGGCUAAGUUGUUGGCCAGCUUCAUGGGCGUCAUGAAUGCCAUGAGGAAGCAAAAAACGCUCUGUGAUGUCAUUCUCAUGGUCCAAGAAAGAAAAAUUCCAGCUCACCGUGUUGUCCUUGCUUCAGCCAGUCACUUCUUCAACUUAAUGUUUACCACAAAUAUGAUUGAAUCAAAAUCAUUUGAAGUGGAAUUAAAAGAUGCUGAGCCUGACAUUAUUGAGCAGCUUGUGGAAUUUGCUUAUACUGCAAGAAUUUCCGUAAACAGCAACAAUGUCCAGUCAUUGUUAGAUGCAGCAAAUCAAUAUCAAAUUGAACCUGUGAAAAAAAUGUGUGUGGACUUCUUGAAGGAGCAAGUUGAUGCUUCAAAUUGCCUUGGAAUAAGUGUGUUAGCAGAAUGUCUUGACUGUCCAGAACUGAAGGCAACUGCAGAUGAUUUCAUCCAUCAGCACUUUACAGAGGUUUACAAAACAGAUGAAUUUCUGCAGCUAGAUGUCAAACGUGUGACACAUCUCCUGAACCAGGAUACACUUACUGUAAGGGCAGAAGAUCAGGUUUAUGAUGCUGCUGUCAGGUGGCUGAAAUACGAUGAACCAAAUCGUCAGCCCUACAUGGUCGACAUUCUAGCAAAAGUCAGGUUUCCAUUAAUUUCAAAGAAUUUCCUCAGUAAAACUGUACAGGCUGAGCCACUUAUCCAGGACAAUCCAGAAUGCCUCAAAAUGGUUAUCAGUGGAAUGAGAUACCACCUGCUUUCUCCAGAGGACAGAGAAGAAUUAGUGGAUGGGACUCGCCCACGAAGGAAAAAACACGAUUAUCGCAUUGCCUUGUUUGGAGGGUCACAGCCACAAUCAUGUCGCUAUUUUAAUCCAAAGGAUUACAGCUGGACAGACAUCAGAUGUCCCUUUGAAAAGCGACGGGAUGCAGCCUGUGUCUUCUGGGACAAUGUAGUUUAUAUUUUGGGUGGUUCUCAGCUUUUUCCUAUAAAGCGGAUGGACUGCUACAAUGUUGUGAAAGAUAGCUGGUAUUCCAAACUGGGGCCUCCAACGCCCCGCGAUAGCCUUGCAGCUUGUGCAGCAGAGGGAAAAAUUUAUACUUCUGGAGGUUCAGAAGUAGGAAAUUCCGCAUUAUAUCUGUUUGAAUGUUAUGAUACAAGAACUGAAAGCUGGCACACAAAGCCCAGCAUGUUGACACAGCGGUGUAGCCAUGGAAUGGUAGAGGCAAAUGGCCUGAUUUAUGUAUGUGGAGGAAGUUUAGGAAACAAUGUUUCUGGCAGAGUCUUGAGCUCUUGUGAAGUUUACGAUCCAGCAACAGAAACGUGGACAGAGCUGUGCCCAAUGCUUGAAGCCCGAAAGAAUCAUGGCCUGGUGUUUGUGAAAGACAAAAUAUUUGCUGUGGGUGGACAGAAUGGCUUAGGUGGUUUAGACAACGUAGAAUAUUACGAUAUUAAAAUAAAUGAGUGGAAGAUGGUCUCCCCCAUGCCAUGGAAAGGUGUAACAGUCAAGUGUGCUGCAGUGGGGUCUAUCAUUUAUGUCUUGGCUGGUUUUCAAGGUGUAGGUCGCCUGGGGCACAUCCUUGAAUAUAACACUGAAACAGAUAAAUGGAUAGCCAACGCCAAAGUCCGUGCUUUCCCAGUGACUAGCUGUUUAAUCUGUGUUGUUGAUACUUGUGGAGCAAAUGAGGAAACACUAGAGAUUUGAAGACUUCAAGAAGAUUCUUCUAAGGAGCUCCUGAAAAAAAUAGUUUGCUACUUGUGAUUCUUUUUGUUUUAGUUUGUAAUAUUUUGGGAAAUUCAGAAUACAAUACUUUUUUUAUCUGCAAUAUAUAAUCUGGAUUUGUUUGUUUGAGUUUUAUUUUCACCUUCCUUCUUAAUGACUUGAAGUAUUUUGAGACUUUACCAAUCCACACUGAAGACAAUCUCUUUCAGGUAUGCUUGUGUAUUUCUUCAGCAAACAAAAUCUGUCUGAAGUACAUUAUGGAGUAUUUCAAAAACAAUUGUAAAAUACUACCUGCAUUUUUCAAGUGACAGUACUGAAGUUGUUCGGGUAGUACAUAUGACUUGAAACAAAACUAUCAUUAACUGCGACAUGUUUGCGCAAACAGCUGUUUUGCAGAGGAACAUUCUACAUUACUGCGAUGCAGCUUCAUCAUAGGAUUGGAGUUCUGCAAUAUCAAGGUCCAGUUGUUCAAGAAGUACUUGAAUGAACAUCAUACGUUUCCAGAUCCUUCUAUUUAUAUUGAGUUAACAGGGUAUAUCUGUAUAUGAACAUCUAUUUCUCUUGUGUUUGUGUUUUAUUUCACAACUAGAAUGAUAAUCCGGUGAGGUUUUUAAUUAUAUUUGCACAAACCAUAUUGUCCUGUGUUGUUUCCACUAUAGCCUUCCUGCCAUAUUCAGGAGAUAUGGUUCUUCUUCCGAAGUGCAGUUGCCUUCUAAAAUACUGACUUGUAAAGAUGAGAGUACAUGUCACAACCCUCCUAUCCCCAUGGGAGUUUUGCGGGCUUUAAGAAUAAACAUGCUAUUGCCUUUGAUGCGCCUCUUUUUAUAUGGGAUGAGGAAAUGUAGGCAGGGAUACUCUAGAAUGGAAGCUACUCAUGACUUCACAGGUCUCAUUCCUGGUGAAUACAAAAGUUUUGCUUGUAUUUAUGGUCCUUUUUUGUCAGAUAAAUAAAUACAAAUUAUACUAUUUUGUUCUCUUGCUCUGGUUUUCUUUCUUGGACAGUCUGGGGAAACCAAGAAGUAGUUUUAUCAAUUCCUUCUCGUUCCUUAUUUGUACUGGAAUAGAUCACCAUCCAUACAUAUUUCUUCUUAUAUAUACUGUUAAAGGGCCAUAGGUCUGCAUGUUAGAAAGUGAAUGCCUUUCUAGCUUGUUUGGCAUGAAAAAUAUACUCUAGUUACUUAAGUUCAAUAUUUUCCUCCAAUUCUCAUCUGCUUUUACAACUUCUGGUGAGCCAUCUCUUCUAAGCUGGAACUUCUAAUAUUUUAAAUUUGGGUACCUUGUUUUUCAUACUACCUGUUAGACAUAACAUUCUAGAAUUAAUGAUUUUUGAAUCAAUAUUGGUUCAGUAUGGACAGUGUGUCACCUACACAGGGAAAUACAGUUCCACCUUUUCAGAACGUUUUUUUUUCUCAUGUCGGAAUUUUAAACAAAUUCUGAAGCACAUUUUUUAUAAUUCUGCCUUGGGGGGGGGGGGGUUCUUUUUAAAAGAUUGAGAUCAAAAAAAGAUAAAUCUCACCAGUGUACAGCAGUAUACUAUAAUGACAUUGUUUCAAUAAUUGCACAAUUUUUUAAAAACUCUUGCAAAUUAAUUUCUUUAUCAUGUGUAUUUAGCUACAGUUGAUGAAAUAUGGGCAGUGUGGUAUCAAAGUGUCACUUCAUGAUUCUAUAUUUCUACAUGUUCUGUAUCUAGGCAAUAUGUGACAAAUUUCUUUUGUUUGUACAUUCUUAAUAUAUGAACACAAAAUGCAAAACAUUUUCUUGGACUGUUUUGGGUAUUGACAUAUGUAUUGACAAAGUUGUCUACAAAAAUACUCUAGUUAAGUUUUAGUUUUUGAGAAUGAAGAAAAUACUUCAGUGAAACUUGUUGAUCAGUAGACUUUGUUGAUUAAAUAUUUGUUUUUUCUUAA